AUGACCCACGACGCCGUUUGGUUCUCCCGCCCUCGCAAGUACGGAAAGGGCAGCCGUCAGUGCCGCCUCUGCGCGCAUCAGGCUGGUCUCAUCCGCAAGUACGGCCUUGACCUCUGCCGUCAGUGCUUCCGUGAAAAGUCUGCUGCCAUCGGGUUCAACAAGACACGAUGA